CUAUUUCCUACUACUCAUUACUCAAAAUUUAAGCUCAAGGAGUCCAACCAAAUGUCUGUCACUUUCUCCAUAAAACUUUUCAAGUAGAAAGAAAUUUGAAUGCGCCGAACACUGUAAUUAUUUCCAGAACCAAAACUAAUUAAACUAAAUAGCUGCUGCUUAGGCCGGAGAACAAAGGCCACCGCCCGAGGAAGCAGAGCAGAAGGCGGGGAGCACACGGCAGUCGUCUCUGGAUCGGACGGAGGUAAUAGUAUAAGAAUAUUAUUUCAUAAAUAAAUAAAUAAAAGAGAAUCCAUCCAUCCGUCUUUCUGUUCUCUGAAACAUGAGCUUCUCACGAUCGUGUUGUUCUUACUGGCCAUCCUUCCCCGCUUCGUAAUAACUGCCUGUGGGCUACACUUUCAAAAACCUGGCCUUGCCGGCCACACAUUAUGUUUUCUGUUGUUGUUUGCCAAAAAUGGGUAUAUUUCUUCAACACGAGAAAUGUGUGCUGGGUUGCACUUUCCCCGCCCAGCGUGCGCACCAUCAACCAUUGUCGUCGCGCCAUUUCUCCCUCACUCCUUUUUUUUCCCGCUAUUUAUCACCCAAAAGUGGGCCAUUCGUUUUUGGAGCUCAACUUUUUCUCUUUCAUCUCUUACAGAGGGGAAGAGGAGGGGGAGGCUUUAUUGGUUACACGGUCUCUGCAGUGCGGACUCUGUACAAAUAAAAACUACUGGAAGGGGGGAGAAAUGGAACCUGCAGGAGAUGAAGAAGAGUAUGCAGUGUUCCUAGAAAAGGUGAAGCGGACGGUUUUCAUAGAUAACCUCUCACCAAUGGCCACUGAGGCUGUCCUAAGAGCCGCCUUCAACCAAUUUGGAUCUGUCACUAAUGUGUGUUUACUCCCUAACUACCUCGAGCCCCCCAAUGCAGCUCAAUCAGCUCUGGUGGAGAUGCAAACCGCCGAUCAGGCCGAAUCAAUCAUAUGUGAGGUCAGCUGUUCACCGUUCAUGAUCUCGGGUAUGCCAAGGCCCGUGAGGGCCCAUGCCGCCGAAGUUGAUAUGUUUGAUGAUUGCCCUCGCAAACCUGGUACUAAAGUACAAUUCCAUUGGGUGGACCGUGGUAACCAAAACUAUGGGAUAGCCAUGAGGAUGAGUUCUCUUGCUAGAGAACAUGCUGCCCAAGCUCAAAUUCUGAUGGAGCAUCAACUGGAAGAGGAAGAAAAACUCGCGAAGAAGCAGCAAAUGACCUUGCAGGCAAAUUACAAAAAGUAUAAGCUGUUAAUGGGUGUUGCUGGAAAUGGGCAAAACGGAAAUGCUAAUCAGUUGGCUGCACGAUAUGGUCUACUCAUUGGAAAUUCCAAUAAGUCCCAUUGAGUGUAUGAUUUUCUUCUAAUUCAUUUGGGCAGCUGAUUUACUUAGGAAGCCAAGUAAAAAUGGAUGCACCUUAUCUGUGAGGAUUGAAGUAAAGCUUUUAGCAAUUUAACAUUAGGUAGUACUUAGAUGGCACGAAGGGUACUUUGUAAAUGUCUUUAGGCUUUUGUGCAGUAGAUAUUUUGCUGCCCUGAUUUGUACUCAUCGGGCAUUUGAAGUCCUAAAAGUUAGGAUUUGGGUAUAUGUUCACUCGUUAAAUCAUCUAUGUUAUGGAAGUAAUGGAACCAAUAAAUGUUCACCUACUGCAAUGGUGGCAUUUGAAAUCUCAUGUGUUAUUUUGCCUAUAAUACACACACUACCGCACAAUUGCAACUAUAACUUUCUUGUCCU